AAGAAAAGUUAGAAGAAAUCUGUAAUCUGUACAUGGGGCUAGAUGUGGCAUCUGCUGAAGAACCAGAGAAUAUUACUUCAGAUAAGUUUACACAGACUUACUUUGAGGAUGACAAUGAAGACCCAAUCCAAGAGAUGAACAAAAAUGCAUAUGCAGCUCUCAGGUUUGUUUCUGGCGAAGAAAAAUAUUCUAUGCUGCAAAAGGAAGUCAGAUUGGCGCAAGAUACAGUCUACACUGUCAAUCCAAGAUCAGAAUUUGAGGAUUUCUUCCUGAAGGCGAAUCAGGAAAAAGAGGGUUCAAACAAGUAUUUGGGGGAUCAUCAAGACAUCUUUUCAGCUCCAGAUGAGGAUGAAUUUAAUGAGAUAUCUGACAAGGCUGAUAAAGUGACAACUGUUACAGGUCAGAUACUUAUGGCUGUGGCUGGUCUGAGGGAUACAGACAGAACCAAUAUUGAAGCUGCGGCAGCAAUGCUGACUUCAGUCUUGAAGAAACAAAGGAAUAAACUGAGGACCAAGGUUCCAGAAAUCAUAGAUAUUAUUUACUUCCAUUUGCAAGCUAUUGAGGACCCCAUAUCUAGAAAAGCAGCCAUUGGGGCCAUUUGUCUGUUGGCUGAAACUUACCCAGAGGAAGUGAUCUUGAGUCUUCUGAGUCUCUCGCUGCCCUGCGACAAGCAUGUCACUGAAAUUUGGGAAGCUCUGGCUCAAGCUAAACAACCAGUCAGACUCCAAAUUCUGGCAAAGCUUCUGGAAAUGCUGAAAAGAAAACCUUACCUCCAGAGUGAAUCCCCUGGUUCGAAUAUGAAGGAUAAUUGGUCCCUUAUGCCUCUAGCUGCAACAAAGGCCCUGGGCAUAAUCUUUAAGAACAAGAAUUCCAAAGUGCCUAUGAACAGCUUUUAUGUGUCUGUGAUUAUCUUCCUGGUUAUUCAGCUGCACUAUUUGGUGAACUUUCCAGACGCUGAAUAUGGAAUAGAGGAGAGCCUCAAAACAUCAAGCUAUAUAAGCUGUACUGUGGAAGCCUUAAAAGCUGUAAUUAAAAGGGAGAAGAAUUCUUGGAUGUGUUUCAUGAGUUUAGCAGGAGGCUGGGACCUCUUGUCUUCUCCAGAGAAUUACCUCGAUGGAGUUCUUCUGCUGGCCAGAGCUAUUGUCAAACAUUAUCGAGGGCUGGAUUACGCUGUAUUUACCAAGGUGAUACCACUUCUCCAUCACGGGGAUGACAAACAGAAGCUCACAGCAAUGGCCUUUUUCACUGCACUGCUUUCUUCUGAGUCUACCUACACAGUGCUGCAGAAAAAUUAUAUCCUAGGCCUGCUGAAGAAUUGGAACACUGAUCCAAACCCAACCUAUCGCUGGCUCAGUCUCCAUGGGAUGGGCAAUGUUGCUCUUCACCUGCAAAAUAACAAAGAAUUCACAACGCUGAUUCUGAGUAUCCUUCAGAGUUUUAAUGACCCUGAAGAAAAGGUGAUCUUGACAGCUUUUGAAGUCAUAACCAAGAUUGCUGUGAAGAAGAAUGUCAUGGAGAGUGUGAAGAUUGCCAGGCAACUUCAGCCAUUCUUGGUUGAUGAGAGGGUCAAGAUAUGCUGUGCUGCAAACCAGCUAUUUCAGGAACUCCUUAAGAAUCUGAAAGAUAAAUCCCUUAUGCAGGACCAGGUUCUCAACAGUAUUGUCCCAUUGUUGCUGAAUAUGCAGGAUCAGCAUCCAGACGUAGUCAAGAGUUGUAGAGAAAGCUUAAAACAGUGCAACAUUUUGUUGGGAUGGACUGUACAUGACAGCCAGGACUCUUGGAACAUCACCUGCAAGCACCUUGUUAGGGAAUACCCAGGAAAACUAAGGAACUUCCUGUACCAAGCACAGGACUACAGUCAAAACCCACAAAGGUCUUCAAGAACCGUAGCCAACAUGUUUAUAAACACUAUCUUCGAACACAUGGAAUCUGGCUUUGUGCAAAAGGAAGAAGUAGAUUUCUUGCGGCAAGUUUUCAGUUCUUUGCCGCCAGACAAAGACCACUCUGUCCCUGUUGCCAUCCCUCGAAAACCAGUGAAAGUAUGCAGGUAUUGCCCAGCAAUACUCAGAUGUUUAUGCUAUUUCUCACGAUCCCAUUCAUGAUAUCUGUAUCUGAAGCUAAUAUCCUUCUGAAUAAAGUGG